AUGCAAGAUGCCACCGAGGGUCCACUACAGAUUGACGGCGCGACGCUCGAAGGUGGCGGCCAGGUCAUCCGCAGCUCUCUCUCACUCGCCUUUCUCCAGCCGUCACGCCCGCUGCGGCUGCACUCAAUCCGGGCUGGCCGCCCGAAGCCGGGGCUGGCCAACCAGCACCUUGUCGGCGCACGCCUCGCUGCCGCUCUCUCCGGGCGCGCGCUGACGGGAGACGACAAGGGCUCCACUGAACUGGUUGCCGCGGCCCACGAGGAGCGGCCUCUGCCACCGUCGCUCGAGGCCGCGGCCGAGACGGCUGGCGCGGUGACGCUCAUGCUCCAGGCGGCUCUUCCCCCGCUGCUCUUCUGCGCGCCGGGUCGACAGCUGCUGCUGCGCGGCGGGACCGACGUCAACUUCUCGCCGCCCGCCGCGCACAGUGCGCUCGUGCUCGCGCCUCUUCUCGCGCGGAUGGGCGUCUGCCUCGACACCCGAGUGGCGGCUCGCGGCUUCAACGACGGCGGCCCGCUCGGUCAGGUGACGGUGGCGGCCCGCUGCGAGACACCGCUCCCCCCGCUCACCCUGACAGAGCGAGGCAAGCCAACCUCCCUUCGUGCGCUCGUCGCGGCGUCCGACGCGGCCGCCUGCCGCUUGCUUGCAGAGGCGGAGGAGCCUAGAUGUACAGUCCGAGUGCACAGUCCGCCGGUCCGUGCCACGUCCCGCACGGACGAGUACACAGCUGUAUCUACAGCGUCGGUGCAGCUAGCGCUGACGACAGACUCUGGGUGCGUGUUGAGCGCAAACUCGGUGCAGUCUCUCCCCCGCGGCGACCUCGGACCCGCCGCCGACCGCUGCUGCGCCAAGCUGCGCGGAGAGCUGCUCGCACUGCUCGAGAGCGGCGCGUGCGCCUGCGAGCACACGGCCGACCAGCUGAUCGUGUUCAUGGCCCUCGCCGGCGGCACGUCGCGGCUUCGUGCGCCUCCCGCCGCGACGCUCUCCUCCCUCCACUUGCCCACCGCCGUGCACUUUGCGGAGCGCCUCUCUGGCGCCACGUUCCGGAUCACCGAGUCUGAAGACGGGUGUCAGCUAGUCGAGUGCGACGGCGUGGGCGCAAGAGCGCGGCCCGCGCCGCCACAUGUACAUGCACGGCAUGCACUUGAAUGA